AUGAUCGGCUCACUCUUGCCAAGCAUCGUGGCGGCUGUGCUGCGGCCGCCGACGCUCAGCCGUUCGCGAUUGCUCGUUGCGCAGCAGCAGGGCUACACGCAAGGCCAGCCCGCCGGCUGGACGACCAGCUUUGAUUUCGACGGGACGCCAUAUUUCUGCAGCGAUCAGACGGGCGAGUGCCAGUGGGAGCCGCCUCAGUGGGCGCAGCAAGGCCAGAGCGCGCAGGUGACCUGGAGUGUGCGAGGCGUCGCCGGUGUCAGCGGCUUCACGCACCCGGACGGCUUCACCCACCUCGACCGUUACCGCGACCUGCCAUACUUUGUGCAGAGCGGCGAGGAGCUCGUGCUGAGCCGGUGGAACAUGGAGGUCCAGAAGCUGCACGUGUCUCGAGAGCAGUGCACGGUGAGCGUGCUCGGCGACGGCACCGCCAGCCAGAGGCACGACCUCGAGGACGGCGACAUGGUGAGCCUGGACGCGCAGGACCCCGACGCGGCUGUCCUCAUGUGUGUGGCUGAGGGCGCGUCGCAGCCGGGCUCCGCGCUGCCUGCCGGCUGGUUCGCGGACGUCGACCCAGCGAGCGGAGACACGUACUUCUUUAACGAGCAGACGGGCGAGACGCAGUGGGAAUUCCCGCGGUGGCGUGGCCCUCCCUGUCGAAAGUCGCGGUGGUCCGGUUGCCACUGCGACUGGCCUUCCCCCGGUGACACCACCAUCGCAAACAGCCGCGGCGACAUGCCCACCAGCCUAUUCGGUCUCGACAUCAACGUGCAGACGCCGACUGGUGGCCUCAUCGCGUCCGUGCUCUUUUCUCUCGCGUUCGGGCUCAUAGUGGAGCUGGUCAAGUUUGUGGACCCGAACACGGCUAGCCCCUCGGUGUUUGGGAGGCUGCUUUAG